AUGUCUGGCCACGGCAAGGUUCACCAGAUCACUUCCACUGAGGAGUUCAGAGAGAAGGUCACCAACUCCCAGGACGCCAUUGUCCUCGACUGCUACGCCACGUGGUGCGGUCCCUGCAAGGCCAUCGCCCCCAAGGUCGCCGCUUUCAGCGAACAAUACCCCCAGGCCAAGUUCUACUUGAUCGACGUCGACGAGCUCUCUGAGGUCGCUGCCGAACUCGGUGUCCGCGCCAUGCCCACCUUCAUGCUGUUCAAGGGCGGCGAGAAGGUCAACGACGUUGUCGGUGCCAACCCCCCCGCUCUUGAGGCCGGUAUCAAGGCUCUCCUCGCAUAG